AUGGAAGAAGCGGCGGAGGUUCCCCGGCGGCGAGGCAGCGUGCCGGUUCCGCCGGCGCGGCCGUUCCUGGAUUCGUUCCGGUCGAACGUGAAGGAGACGUUCUUUCCCGACGACCCGCUGCGGGACUUCCGGCACGAGAAGGGCUGGCGCCGCCGCACGUUGGCGGCGCUCGCGUACGUUUUCCCGGUCGUGGGGUGGCUGUCGCAGUGCACCCUUAGCACGGUGAAGUCGGACGUCAUCGCCGGCGUCACCAUCGCCAGCCUCGCCAUCCCGCAGGGCAUCAGCUACGCCAAGCUCGCCAACCUCCCGCCCCUCAUGGGCCUCUAUGCGAGUUUCGUGCCGCCCUUGGUGUACGCGAUGAUGGGGACGUCGAAGCACAUGGCGGUGGGGCCGGUGGCGACGGCCUCGCUGGUGAUGGCGUCGCUGCUGGAGUCGGAGGUGGUGCCGGCGGAGAACCCGACGCUGUACUUGCACUUGGCUUUGACGGCCACCUUAUUGGGCGGGAUCUUCCAAGCCGCCUUGGGGAUUUUAAGGCUCGGGUUCAUCAUCGAUUUCCUGUCCCACUCCGUCAUUAAGGGAUUCAUGGGAGGGACUGCUACUCUGGUGUGUUUACAACAGCUGAAAGGUGUGUUGGGCCUCAAGCACUUCACCACUUCCACUGACAUCAUCAACGUCUUGAGGGCCAUUUUCUCACAAACCCACGAGUGGAGGUGGGAAACUGCUGUGAUGGGCAUUUGCUUCUUGGUCUUCCUCUUCAUCACCAGAUACAUAAGCAAGAAGAAGCCAAAUCUCUUUUGGGUUGCUGCAUUGUCUCCACUGGUAUCAGUGAUUCUAGGCAGCCUUGUGGUUUACCUCCUCCACCUCGAGAACCAUGGAGUUCAAGUGAUUGGAUUCUUAAAGAAGGGUAUUAAUCCACCAUCACUCUCCAACUUAGUCUUCACACAGCCUCAUUUGACAAUUGCAUUGAAGGCUGGCAUCAUCACUGGAAUUAUCGGCCUAGCAGAAGCGAUAGCUGUAGGAAGGAUCUUCGCUAUAGCGAACAACUACAACGUCGACGGCAACAAAGAGAUGAUCGCGUUCGGGAUGAUGAACAUCGUGGGGUCCAUGACCUCGUGCUUGUUCGUUGCAGGGCCGUUCUCGAGGUCGGCGGUGAACGCCAACGCCGGAUGCAAGACUGCGUUGUCGAACGUCAUCAUGUCGGUGAUGGUGAUGAUCAUCCUCAUGUUCCUGAUGCCGCUGUUUCAGCACACUCCUUCGGUGGUCCUUUCGGCCAUCAUCAUGGCCGCCAUGCUUCCACUCAUCCACUUCGGCGAAAUGUUUAACUUGUGGCGCAUCGACGCCUUCGACUUUGUCGCUUGCAUGGGUUCCUUCUUCGGGGUCAUCUUCGGAAGCAUCGAGAUCGGUCUCUUCAUCGGAGUUGCACUUAACCUAGUUAGAGUCCUAUUAUUCAUUGUGAGGCCCAAAACUUUCACCCUAGGCAAUAUGCCAAACACCUCAGUAUUCGUUCGAACGGACCAAUAUCCGCAAUCGCAACCGAUCCCCGGGUAUCUCAUCCUUCGCAUCGAUGCACCGAUCUUCUUUGCCAAUGCUAGCUAUUUAAAAGAAAGGUUAGAAAGAUGGAUCGAGGAUGAAGAAGAGAAGUUGAAAUUCAAGGGCAACCCUGAUUUGCAAUACAUAAUUUUAGAUUUUACUGCUGUGGCUUCUAUCGACACUAGUGGAAUUAAUAUGCUGAAAGAGCUGAAGGACAGUUUAAAAAAGAGGGGUCUUCAGCUCGGAUUGGCAAGUCCUAGCAGCGAGGUUAUAAAGAAGUUAGAUAGGUCGGGGGCGAUGAAUGUCAUCGGCGAAGAGUUGAUUUUCCUCACGGUGGAUGAUGCGGUGGUCGGGUGCUCUUCUCGGUUGUCCAAGGAGUCUGUUUGUGACGAUAUUCCGUGA